AUGGACAGAUCAGCUUUAAUGGCAGUGAAAUAUAGUAUUCAAUAUGGGCAUGCAAUACUAUAUGACCAAUAUACCAAGGUUCAAUGGAGUAAAUAUGUCUGGGAGAGAUGCAAUAUUCCGAAACAUAGAUACAUCAUUUGGCUAACUUUGCACCAGAAGCUGAGAACCAGAGGCUACCUCAGUAAACACUGUCAGGUAUUGGACACAGUAUGCUUGCUGUGUGGAGAUCACAAUGAAGAGAUAUCUCAUCUAUUCUUUCAAUGUACUUACAGCAAAAACUGUCUUGUGAAGUUGAAGGAGUGGAUUGGCUGCCAAGCACAAACAGAGAAUUAUCACACUUUAUUGCACUGGAUUUCCAAAGCAAAACACCUUAGCAAGCUCAGGAGAGGUUUUUACAUAGCUGCUGUAUCAGCGCUAGUUUAUCAUAUAUGGAGAGUCCGAAAUGAUGUCUUGUGGUCAUCUAAGAUUUGGCAUGUAAAUCAUACUAUAGAGGUCAUUAAGAGAGAGUUAAAGUUGAGACUCACUGUAUCAAUGUACAAGGGGAAACAAAAUAGGGAUAAGGAAUGGUUUCACAAAUUGUAA